AGGCAGGACGGAAGGAGCGGGGGAGGCCCCUUACGCAAACUACAAUUCCCGGCGCGGAGCGCGGGGAAGGGGGGGUGGGAUCUGAACAUGGCGGCGGUGGUAGCUGCUACGGCGCUGAAGGGCCGGGGGGCGAGAAAUGCCCGCGUCCUCCGGGGGAUUCUCUCAGGAGCCACAGCUAACAAGGCCUCACAGAACAGGACCCGGGCACUGCAAAGCCACAGUUCCCCAGAGUGCAAGGAGGAACCGGAGCCCCUAUCCCCUGAGCUGGAAUACAUUCCCAGAAAGAGGGGCAAGAACCCCAUGAAAGCUGUGGGACUCGCCUGGGCCAUCGGCUUCCCCUGUGGUAUCCUCCUCUUCAUCCUCACCAAGCGGGAAGUGGACAAGGACCGUUUGAAGCAGAUGAAGGCUCGGCAGAACAUGCGGGCAUCCAACACGGGCGAGUAUGAGAGCCAGAGGUUCAGGGCCUCCUCCCAACAUGCCCCGUCUCCUGAAGCAGGGUCGGGGGUGCAAGCCUGAGGAACACUGCCACCCUCCCCUAGACUGUAUUGACUGUGGCCUCCAAGACUGAAGUCCUCUGGGUUUGGCCAAGAUUCCGGUCCUUGCCUAUGAGGUCCGCCAGAGGGCGCUGCCAGCCCCCUGCCCUGCCCCCCCUCAGAAGCCAGCCAAAGGCAAAUAAAGUCCUGGAAUGUUUUGAGCCCAAAGGAACCAGGAGUGGGCUUGUGAAAUCCUUGGGACGGGAGGGGCCGAGGGAGGGGUUGGUUACUCACAUGUGCUCCUCUCACAGGAGCGCUCAGUGUUCCUGGCUGGCUGGUUGGGGAGACUACGGAGACUUAAGUACAACAAGCUUAGGCUCAGGCCCUGGGGACCAAGCCUUCAGAGCUGCUGGCCAGGAGGGUGGGGUCUCACUGAGCCUCUAACGAAAAAUAAAAAGAAUCAAAAAGGGAUUCAGAGUGAGGGGGGGGAAGCACUCCUCUUGGUCCGGUCCAAGUGACUGGGCACUCUGGACCUCAGUUUCCUUGUUUGUAACAGGGAUUGGACUAGUGAUUUCUUUUUUUUUUUUUUUUUAAGAUUUUAUUUAUUUAUUUGACAGAGACAUAGAGCAGGAACACAAGCAGGGGGAGUGGGAGAGGGAGAAGCAGGCUUCCCGCGGAGCAGGGAGCCCGAUGUGGGACUCAAUCCCAGGACCCUGGGAUCAUGACCUGAGCUGAAGGCAGACGCUUAAUGACUGAGCCACCCAGGCACCCUGGACUACUGAUUUCUAAGGCAUGGGUUCUAAACUUGAACCUGUGGUUCAUCUCCCUCCACCCCCACAUGUGAAGUCGUGUGAACACAUACAGCUUUGUGGGGAGGGGAGUUCAUAGCUCUCAUGUGCAUUUGUAAAGGGUCUAGGAUGCAGAAAAGGUCACGUGCCACUGCUCUGACCGGUCCCUGCCAGACCCAAUAUUGCAGGGUUGAACCUUUACCAGUCUGUUGCAUCCAUCACCAGGAAGCACUGGGGCAAAAUAUAUUUGAUUAUCUUAGAAAAGGCAGAAGACGCCAAGCCGGAAGGCAGAGGUAGGAAGCGGAUGCUUAGGGCAGAGCCAAACCAGCACUCCCAGAGCUCCCACCUUAAAGCAAAGAAACCAGAGCCAAAUAGGGGUUUAACUCCUAAACAUAAAACUUUAUUACAUUUCUAGUUAUGUCCUUUUGCGUGAUAUAUUUAGGACCAAGUAGUUAAGAGAAGUCCUAAUUAUAUCCUUGGGCUAAUUUGGUUUCCACCCCCACCAACAGACUGACUCUUGUCCCCCUCCCCCCGUUCCAGCUUGAGGCACUAGGUGUUGCGAAAAAGUGGCAGCUGGCUGGAGAGAGAAGGCUCAAGUCUGAAAUCCCCCAGUACAAACUGAGAGCGGAAGUCUCCUUUCGCUCAGGGUCCUCCCCAGGUUAGCAUAAGAACACGGAAGUUUCCAUGGAUACCACAGGAGGCUUUCAUAUCCCUCAGACCAGGCGGAAGACCCCAGAGCCUUUCCCCUGCCCCCACCCUGGCCUCUCUUCACCAUCGUUACUUCCUGGCCACACUUACAGUCCUACAAACCACCCCAUCUCCUGACCUUUGCUCCUCACUUUCUGCUCUGAGCAGCUUGGGCACUGGAAGCAAGAGGUCUCUCUGACCAGAGAUCUCAGAAGCAGCCAGGGAGGCCCCAGGCAGCUCUGGAGAAUGGGGACCAGCCUGUCCUCUCCACCACCAGAAGCCAUGAGGAAGCCCAGGGUAGAUGCCACUCUGUAUUGGCCCCUGUGCUUGACUUUGCUUACUCCCCUCUUCCUCCCCUGCUCCAAAUAAACAGUAUAUGUAUUAGCCAUCAAAAAUAGGGGGAUUGAAGCAGGGGAGACCCAUGGGCACAGAUCUCUUCUACCUUCAGGAGCUUGAAGGGUUGUCAAAGGAGUACAGGACAAUGGCCUAGGAGUCCAGGAGGCUGGGGACAAAGCUCUCUGACUUGGGGGUUGAGGGAGGAAAGAGCUCUAGCUACAGAGCCCAGAAGCCUAUGGCAGAGGUGGGAGGGGACACCUCAUCAUCUCAAAGUCACUUCUACCUCUCAUACUCCUUUUUGGCUACAGAGUAGGCUCUUCUUGUCCUUCCCUGCAACCCCAGCUAUUGAGAAGAGUUUGGUGCCAUGUAGUGGGUGGAGGAAGAAGGCACAUCUGCCUAGUCCCCUCUGGGUCUGUCAAAGGCAAGAGUUAGUCCCCAGUUCCUCCAGCCCGCCAGCUAACCUGUGCAUCCAUCACCAGAGAGGCCACCCAUUACAGGACAGAACAGAAACUGGGCAUGUUACUGGAGGGAGAAGUAAAGAGAUCUGAGGUCCAGACUCUGGUCACAGGGCCCAGCCCUCUAGGGAAGGGGGAGCCCACGGUGGGGCGGAAUGCGGUGCUCCUUAAUUGCGAUCCCCGACCAGCUGCAGCACAAAGGUGAAAAUGUAGAUGAUAUCGGUGUAGAUCUGCAGAGCGCCAGUGAUAUAGUCCUCGGGGCUGAUGGUGUGCUUCCGGUUCCCCAGGACCAGCUGCGUGUCAUAAGCCAGGAACUGUAGGAAUAGGGAAGGCACGCGUGAGGACCCAGGGGCUCUGUGGCCGGAGCUCCUUCCUGGUUCUCAUUUCAUCAGCAGAUCCGUCCUGGGAGCCUCCGUGCCAUGCAGUAUGCUUAGGGACACGUUAACGAACAGCACAGCACGUGGUCUCUACCCUCAAUUGGUUCAGAGUCUAGAAAGGGAGAGAGACACACCCCCAUCCGUAAUAGGGCCUGCUGGGUAUGCUCCAUAGCUGGCAGGUGAACAAAAAAGAGGUGGCAGGAUCGCCCAGAACAUCAGUCAUCUCGACAGCGGAGAGAGAGAAAGGUAACUGUGGCCCACUCCCUGCCUCCCAAGCAGCCCGAAUUCAUGCUCUGUCUGUCUAGUUGCUCCCCUCCAGCCCCUCAGCUCCCCUGCCAAGAGGGAGCAGGGCCUUACUCACCAACGUGAAGCAAAUGGCCCCCAGAGCAGCAUAGACCAUGUGGAGCCAAUAAAUCUGGGGAGAGGGGACAGGGAUGGUGUUAGAAAUCUUAGCAAAGCACGGACCCAGGCAGUCCCUCAGAACCAGCUUCCCCCUAUUCUGGGAAGAAUAGGGAAGAGCAGGGAGACCCAGGAAGCUAGCUACAUGAAAGGACCACUUCUGCCUUCUAGAUCGGGGAAGAAAUUAGUAGUAGUAACAUAUUUGGGAUGCCUGGCUGGCUCACUCAGUGGAGCAUGCAACUCUUGAUCUUGGGGUUGUGAGUUCGAGCCCCACACUGGGUGUAGAGAUUACUUAAAAAAAAAAAAAAGAACAGUAACAAAUUUGGACAGAGAAAACAGGCCAUCCUCCAGUGGUCAUAUGAAACCAAUCUCCAAAGUUAGGGUACAGAAGUGUCCACUGUACUUCUGGAAAAAAGCAGGUGGUUGCGUUGUAGCUCUGGAAGAGACAGAGCCAGGCAAGCACUGGUCGAAGAGCCCUGUCCCCUUUCCCCCAGUCCUAGUCCGUGCUCAGUCAUGGUUCCUGCAGCCAGCCUGGGAAGGAAGCCCCCAGCCACCCUAAGGACUGCCAGAAUUCUGGAGCCCUCCAGGUGCCUGUUCAUAGAAGGGCAGGGCCAGCCAUGGUCCAGUAGGCAGGUGCCCUCAGCACGGUGCUCCCCUCCUCGCAGGUCCCUUCCAUGCAAGCCCAUCUUCUCAGUCCUGGGCGCCUCUCCCAUCUCUCUUCUAGAACCUAACCUAAGCUGCCAGGCAGAUCUCCCCACUACUUCCCAUGGGAAUUCUGCAAUGCCAUCCAGGGCCUUAGGUUCUACGGCUCCCAGGGCCUUCACAUCUCCACAUAGAGAUUACCCUAACCCAAAUGAUGGUGCUCCCGUGUCGGAGCCUUUGCUAGCCAGUUGUGAGCUUCCAGAAGGCCUGGCCAACACUUGAUACAGAAAGUCUCCUCCGAGUGCUAGGUUCGCUGACCCCAGCUCUCCCAGGACACUCACAUAUUUGAAGGACAGCACAAUGGCAGUGACAAUCCCAGUCACCAUCAUCACAAUUCCCAGGACACAGAAGAGGCCUGUGCACGAGGUAAAGUCCACCUGCCAGAAAGGGAGGAGGAGGCACCUGUCAGACGAGUGUCACAACCAGCAGCCCAGCCAGACUGCCCCGCCUCCCCAACCAGGGAAUCCCAGUGCCGCCUCCUAGAAGGCACGGGAGUAACCAUGACAUUCUAAAGACAGACACAGGGAACAGUUUUAUAGGUGCAGAUAGGAAGGGAAGGGGAUUAGGGUCUCUUAAGGGAAAUCCCCGGUGUAGACGGGUCUGGGCCCUGGCAGGCCUGCUGCAGUGCCAAGCCUGGAGGGCCAGGUUUAUAUAAAGAAAGGGGGGGUGGCCAGGGAAGUGCCCCCCACCCCUCCCCAUACCCUCACCUUGGUCUGAAAGCAGAAGAUGGUGACCGAAAUGGACACCACAGCAGUGAUGAUCAUUGCAAUGAUGACGGCUUUGGUUUCAUACACACUGAGGGGAAGGAGUUCGGAGAGGCCAGAGGCAUAAGUCAUAUAGGAAUGACUUCAAAACUAUCACUUCUAGAAGGAUCCUGCCCGGCAUCCCCCCCCCCCCCCCAAUGCAGAGGACUGCCAGCCCAGGGAUGCCCCACUCCCUCCCCCAUAAUACACAUUUCACAAGAGUGUGAUGGUUUGUCCCUGAGUGUACCUGGAAAUGGUGCCCGUCAUGAAGCCCAUGGCAAGAGU